AUGAUCACAUCGCCCUCGCUUUCUGCUAUAAGAAGUAGUAAGCGCAGCAGCAGCCUCAGCGAGCCCGGAGGCAGCCCCCGCCGCAGCCGCAGCGCCGCCGACCUCGCCGGGCCGAACGGGCACGCUGGGAAUAACGGCAGCAGCGCCGCCGCCGCCAAGCCCUGCUUCCACGCCGUCCCCCCCUCGGACCCGCUACGCCAAGCCAACCGCCUUCCCAUCAAAGUCUUGAAAAUGCUCACGGCGCGGACUGGACACAUUUUACACCCCGAAUACCUGCAGCCUUUACCCUCCACGCCCGUCAGCCCCAUCGAGCUGGAUGCGAAGAAGAGUCCCCUGGCCCUUUUGGCACAAACUUGCUCGCAGAUAGGGAAGCCGGACCCGUCCCCUUCCUCCAAACUCUCCUCGGUCACCUCCAAUGGCUCCGGAGGCGACAAGGACUCCAAGUCGGGCCCCCUGAAGCUCAGCGACAUCGGCGUGGAGGACAAGUCGAGCUUCAAGCCGUACUCCAAGCCGGGCGCGGAGAAGAAGGAGCCGGGGGCGGCGGGCUGCGCGGGCGCCCCCGCCGCGGGGGUCGCGGCCGGGGAGAAGUCGGGAUUCCGGGUGCCGAGCGCCACCUGCCAGCCGUUCACCCCAAGGACAGGCAGCCCCAACUCCAGCGCCUCCGCCUGCUCGCCGGGGCUGCUGCCGGCCGAGGGCAAAGGCGGGGAGGACAAGAAGGACUCGGAGGGCUGCGGAAAGAGCGGCGGCUCCGGCUCGGAGGGAGGACCGGGCACCACCAGCAUCAGCCACAGCCGGAUUAGCGUGAGCUGUGCCGGGAUUAACGUGGAGGUCAACCAGCACCAGGAGAGCACGCCGGGCUCCAAGCCCAUCGCCUCGGACUCCGCCUCCUCCUGCAGCAGCACCACCGCCACCUCCUCCACCUCCGUCCUGGGCUCCGGCCUCGUGGCCCCCGUCUCCCCUUACAAGCCGGGCCAGACCGUCUUCCCCCUGCCCCCGGCCAGCAUGAGCUACCCGGGGACCCUGGCUGGAGCCUACGCCGGCUACCCGCCCCAGUUCCUGCCGCACGGAGUGGCGCUGGACCCCACCAAAUCCUCCAGCCUGGUGGGGGCCCAGCUGGCCGCCGCCAGCAGCCUGGGCUGCAGCAAGCCGGCGGGGUCGAGCCCGCUGGCGGGCGCGUCGCCCCCGUCGGUGAUGACGGCGAGCCUGUGCCGAGACCCGUACUGCCUGAGCUACCACUGCGCCAGCCACCUGGCAGGCGCUGCCGGCGCCUCCUGCGCCCACGACCAGGCCCUCAAGUCCGGAUACCCCCUCGUCUACCCCACCCACCCUUUGCACAGCGUCCACUCCUCGCUGACCGGCGCCACGCCGCCCUCGCUGGCCGGCCACCCUUUGUACCCCUACGGCUUCAUGCUCCCCAACGACCCCCAGCCACACAUCUGCAACUGGGUGUCGGCCAACGGACCCUGCGACAAGCGCUUUGCCACCUCGGAGGAGUUGCUUAGCCACUUGCGGACCCAUACUGCCUUCCCGGGCACCGAUAAACUCCUCUCCAGCUACCCCAGCUCCUCGUCGCUGGCCAGCGCGGCGGCCGCGGCCAUGGCGUGCCACAUGCACAUCCCCACGACGGGCGCCCCGGGCAGCCCGGGCACGCUGGCCCUGCGCAGCCCGCACCAUGCGCUGGGACUCGGCAGCCGCUACCACCCCUACUCCAAGAGCCCCCUGCCCACCCCCGGGGCCCCCGUGCCCGUGCCCGCCGCCACCGGACCCUACUACUCCCCUUACGCACUCUACGGGCAGAGACUCACCACAGCCUCGGCCCUGGGGUACCAGUGA